AUGACCCGUAAUAAUACUAAAUCUUCCUCACUAGGUCAGAAAUCUCUUCAUAAAACAAAAAUAUUAAAUGACAAUGGCUCAUCAUCUUGUGCGUUUAUGUUCAAUUGUGAAGAAGAUGAAAUUGGAUUUGGUACAGUUAAAAAACGUGGAUCUUACUGUCGACAAGAGAAAAGCCUUGGAACAUUAACAAGACGCUUUAUGGUUCUUCUACGUCAGUCGAAAAACGGUAUACUCGAUUUGAAACAUGUUGCCGAUGCAUUGGCUACAAAACAAAAGCGUCGUAUAUACGACAUAACUAAUGUUCUUGAAGGUAUUGGACUUAUAGAAAAACAAUCGAAAAACACAAUCAGAUGGAAGGGCGCAAUAUCUGGUGAUAAUACAGUUGAAGCCUAUCAACGGUUAAAUCAUAAACAAACUGAAUUACAAGAAUUAGAAGAUGAGUUAGCAUUUUGGGAAGAAAAGUUUCGGUUAAUCGAAAAAAGUAUUGAAAACACAUUAACGGAUGUCACAUUACAAAAUUCAAUUUAUGUUACACACGAGGACCUUUGUCAAGCAUAUAAAAUUGAUGACAUGAUUCUUCUUGCCGAAGCAUCUACUGGAACAAUGUUAAAAAUUAACGAAAUUAAGAAGGAUAACAGCUCCGUGCAUCAGUUACAUAUUCAAAGUAAAAGAGAGCCAGUUUGUUUAAAAGUUCUAAAUCGUGAUAUUCAAAAAUAUUCUUAUGGGAAUGGAAUUGUUCAUGAUUUAAAAGAGAUGGAGAUCACGUCGAGUUCUCAUUAUGAUCGUUCCUUCGAUUGGACAGUGCCGCUCAAUUCAUUUAUUCCAUUGAGUGAAUUGCCUGAAAAUGCUGAUUAUCAAUUUCAAAUGGAACAGAAUGAAAGUGUUUGUGAUCUUUAUGAUAAUAAUGAUGAAAAAAACUCAAUUUAA